AUGUCGACUACGUCUGCCCCCGAAUUCUCCAAUUUGCCCACCGAUGCAAUUGGGAAAAUCAUUGAGAAAUGUGACUUGAAAGAGCAAUUGACUCUCCGAAAAGUGUCGAAAGACCUGCGUUCUCUCGUCGAUGAACAGAAAAAUGCAUACAAAUCGAUCGAGAUCUAUCCGACAGAUUCUUAUUCUCCACGUCUAUCAACUUCGAGUCAUGCACUGUCCAAUCAGAUCCCGACGACUUCCUUGGCUUCCUCCAAUCGUUCUGUGAAACAAGUCGACACCGAAGAUCGAUCUGUUUUCCACCACAAGAUUCCUGACGAUUCAAACAAGAUGUUGGAGUUCGAAUUGGAUUAUGAUCAAUACCAAAUCGUUAUCGAAAAGAAGAAUUCUUGA